AAUUCCCUCGGUGUUAUGUAAACAUACCGUGUGACUGCGACCUGUCAAGUUUUAGAAGAAUGGCUGUAAGGCUUCCACAGGAGGUCAUAACGCAUAUAAUGCGUUUCCUGAACGUCUCAGAUAGGAAGGAAGCAGCCAUGGUAAACAAGACGUGGUACGAGGCCUCGCUGGACCCCAUACUGCAGCGGGAUGUUGUCCUUCACUUCAACGGAGAGACAAAUUAUGUCCCACUUUCUACCUUCAGUUACAGGCGCUUAUCUCACCUGGCUUUAAGUCAACUAGACAAUUCCAUGAACACCAAGCAUGCAUUACUUAAAUCAUGUCAGCAAUUCAAUGAGAGUUUGAAAUCCCUGUCCUUCAAAUCUUGUAACAUUACGGAGAGCACGUUUGUAGAGAUUCUCUCCUACUGUACAAAUCUGACAAGUAUCGAUCUCAGUAGCUGCAACAGUAUCUUUUUGUCAGGAAAACUUCUGGAGAAAAACGCAGAUCUGCAGCUCCUCAGGGAAUCACUGAAAAACGUGAAAGAUUUAAACAUUUCGUCUAUACGUCAGCUAUCUGACGUUACGUUUAACAGAAUCGUUACGAUUUGUCCAAACGUCGAAAAAAUUACGUUGGUAGGGUCCCACAUUGUUUUCAGCAGUGAACAUUACAUUCCAAGAGCAAAAUCAAGAGUUGCCAGCAGUGCUGUGCUCACUUUUAACAAUAUAUUAGACUUUGUGCGUGUACAGGCCUCCUUGUUAACCUCGAUAGACUUAAGUCGAAACCAAAUUAAUGACGACGCCUUAGAGAGCCUUGUGACAAUUCCUGAUCUACACUUACAAGAACUGCAUUUAUUGGCCUGUAAAGAGAUAGAAGAUCAGGGAAUUAUUGCUUUGAGUCACAAUCAAAAGUCGCUGAAGAUCUUGGACCUUAAAGAUUGCAUAGGUAUAACUGACGCCGGCAUUAGUGCAGUGGCAACAAAUCUGGUACAUUUGGAGAACCUUGCCCUGAACCGAUGCAGAAAUGUGACGUCAAUUUCAAUCAAGAAGUUCCGUAACCUUUCUCACUUGCAGACCCUUGAAAUGUCAGAUUUGUAUCAAGUGACGUCAUCUGGCGUAGAGGAGGGGCUCUGUGGCAAUGCCGGGAUGCCGCUGACGCGUGUCAACCUGAGUUGUUGUUCCUUAAUCCAAGAUGGAUUCGUGGAAAAACUGAGCUGCACGCAUCCGUAUCUUGUUCACCUGGACCUCGGUUCGUGUAAUAAUCUUACGAACCAAAGCAUUUUCGAAAUCUCCAAGAACCUCAAACAGAUUCAGUUUCUAAGAUUAGCAUGGUGUAAAAAGAUUACGGAUCUCGGCAUCCUGGGAUUUGAGCAAGACAUCGGAGAAAAGAAACCGACAGAAACGGGCUGUAACAAAAACUACGAAAGCACAACUAUAUUCCGGAAGCCAAUAUCGAAAGAAGAGAAAAUGAAAGUCCAGAAAUUAAAAGAAGAAAUAAUCGAACAAGAGCUGCUCCGUUACAAAUUAAGUAAUCUCUCAAAGUUGCGGGAUCUCGAUUUAUCGAUGUGUCUCGGGCUGACGGACAUUGGUCUAGUCCAGGUUCUGAAGUUCCAAGAACUUCGUUAUUUGAAUCUGAAUAUGAUUCCAAUAACAAAUGUCACAGUUUUUGCGCUUACAGCAUCGAACCCAAGUCUCGAACAUCUGGUUCUUGCGAAGUGCGCCGCCAUUACAGAUGAUGCAAUAGAGGCGGUGGCCAAACGUCUUCCGCGCUUGAACAAUCUGAACCUGUCUAGCUGUGACAGUCUAACGGAUAAAAGUAUUCGCUUUAUUCAGAUUCACUGCAAAAGACUUCGAAGUCUUGACGUCUCAUUCUGUAGAAAUAUAUCCCCUGAAGCGAUAGACGACUUGGAGAGAUAUCAUUCUGUAGUGUCCGUCAAUCGAAGACUAGUUGGGGGCAAAACGUAAAUUGUGUCAUCGCUAUAUCAAUACUCUGAUGAUUUUAAGAAUUGCAGUGCCAGUAUUAUAUAUCAAAUUAUUUGGCUAAUGAAAUUAAUUUCCUUGAUUCAUGCCUUUUAUAACAAUUUUCUUUGAUUUUUAACACCAUUUACUAAUGAUCAAAAUCAUUUUCAAUAUCGAAAUUAUGAAUCGGUAUCCGUGCUCCCAGUUCGUGAUCGGAAUUGCAAAUAUCUGUUUGAUGGUAAUAUACAAGAAGCCAGUGAGA